AUGCGCCCACCGCUCCUUGUCGCACUCCUACUCGCGAGCGCACGGGCGCUGGCGCCAGCGGCACUCGCCCGCGAGGCGCUCGUCGCCUACCGCGCCAGCGAGGAGAUCGUGGCGGCCGACAAGGUGCUCGCACGAGCACUGCGAGGCGAGAGUUCAUUCACUGACGCCGAGCGGCGGGUGGCAGCUGACGUUUUCCUCGGGACCGCGACGCGGCUGCGGCGGUACGAGUGGAUCUGCGCCCAGCGCGGACUGUGCGGCGCCGCGAGCGACGCCACUGCGGUGGCGGCGGCGCUGCUCCGAGCGCGAGACGAGGACGACGGCGCUUACACAUGGCCGGCAGACGCAGACGAGAGGCUGAGCGCCACAAGCGGCGCUCCGCUCUGGCUCUGCGCGCGUUGGCGGCGCGACCUCGGCGAAGCAGUCGCCGCCGCCGUCGCCGACCAGUCGACGAGGCGCGGGCCGGUCACGCUACGCGUGCGCGACGACGUCUCGAUCGGUGCGGUCGAGGAGGCGCUCGCGGCGGCAGGAGUGGUGACGGAGCGGCCGCCGGCGGGCGUCGGUGCGCCUCGAGCUCUCACCCUGGUUGGCGGCCGGCCGCGGGGCGGCGUGUGGGCGCUGCCCGGCUGGAGUGAGGGCGAGUUCGAGGUGCAGGACGCGGGCUCGCAGGCGAUCGUCGAGGCCUGCUUCGACGGCGGCGGCGGCGGCGGCGGCCGCGGCGGCGGCGGCGCGCUCGACAUGUGUGCAGGCAAUGGCGGCAAGAGCCUUGCCCUGGCGGCGCGAGGCAAAGAGCUCUG